GGUAAAUCUACUCGUCACUGGCCCUUUUGGUUUAAAAGAGAGAGGUAAACCUUGGACGACUCGUGAAUGAACCUUCGCAUCUCACUAAACAAACCAAUAUUCUUUCAUUCAUCCACUUGAGCCGAGAUUCUAGCAAACCAUUUCUCCUUCUUUUGAUCAUACAAUCGCAGUGAUGGGCUCUAUCAUUAUCGAUGCUCUGCCAGAGGCUGUUCCAACGAUUGCGUUGAAGAAGCCGGAGCCGCUGGUCAAGGAGAUCACGCUGGAUCACGGCCUCAGUAAUGGAGCGAAGACUUCAUAUAAGAUUAUGGAACAACCGAGCAGAGUGGGCCGCAAACUUCGCAUUAUUGUUGUUGGAGCAGGAGCAAGCGCUAUCAAUUUUGCGCAUGAAGUCCAAGAAAGCUCGCUGGACCUUGAACUCACCUGCUACGAUAAGAAUCCUUCCGUGGGCGGCACAUGGUACGAAAAUAGGUACCCUGGAUGCGGUUGCGACAUUCCCUCAGUGAACUACCAAUUAUCAUGGGCACCAUCUUCAGAUUGGUCAUCGUACUACUCAAGUGCAGGCGAGAUUUUGGCGUAUUUCAAAGGCAUUGUCGAUAGAUACAAUCUAAUGCAAUACAUCAAACUCAGCCACAGAGUCGUUGGGGCACAUUGGAACGAAGAGGAGCAGCUGUGGCAUGUCAAGAUCCAAAGGGGAGAUGAUCCCAACGAUGUAUUCGAGGAUACAGCAAACGUUUUCAUCAACGCCAGCGGGGUCUUGAACAAAUGGAAGUGGCCCGCAAUCGAGGGUCGAGAGUCCUUCAAAGGACCAAUGCUUCAUAGUGCUAAUUGGGAUGAUACUGUUGAAUUGAAAGGGAAGCGCGUAGGUGUAAUCGGCUCGGGUUCAUCAGCUGUGCAGAUUGUUCCCAGCAUUCAACCCCUCGUUGGUCAUAUGAAGUGUUUCAUUCGCAGCUCUAGUUGGGUAACUGGGGGUUUCGCCCAAAAGUUUGCUGGAAAAGGCGGCUCAAACUUCAAGUACAAUGAAGAGCAAAAGAGUAUUCUGGCGAAUGACCCUAAGAAAUAUCUUGCUUAUCGGAAGAAGAUCGAAUCUGAACUGAACUCAAGAUUCAAAUUCAUUCUCAACGGCUCCCAAGAGCAGCAAGAAGCCAGACAGUAUGCUGAACAAGAAAUGCGGAGAAAAUUGGCGGCGAAACCCGAGAUUGCCGAUCACAUUGUUCCUAAGAACUUUGCUGUCGGAUGUCGACGACCGACGCCUGGAAACGGCUAUCUCGAGGCAUUGUGCGAGGAUAAUGUAACCGUCGUGAGCGAUGCCAUUGAAACCAUCACCCCGCGAGGAAUCAGAACAAAAGAUGGAGUUGAGCAUGAGUUUGACGUAUUAGUCUGCGCCACUGGAUUCGACGUCAGCUGGCGUCCGGCUUAUCCUACCAUCGGACGUGACGGCAAAAGCCUCAACGAAGAGUGGAAGGACAUUCCCAACACAUAUCUUUCCGUCACCGUACCUCAUUUCCCCAACUAUCUCAUUUUCAACGGACCGUUCGGACCUUACGGCCACGGAAGCUUCCUUCCGAUUACCGAGCUCAUGGCCAAGCACUUUAUGAAGAUGCUGGACAAGAUGUCUGCCGAGGAAGUUUCAUCUUUUGAACCAAAAGUGGACGCUGUCAAAGACUUUAUCGAGCACCGCAGGCAGUUCUUGCCUCGGACCGCCUGGUCAUCACCUUGCCGAUCAUGGUUCAAGCAGGGAACUGUCGAUGGAGAGAUCAUGAUGUGGCCGGGAUCACGCAUCCAGUUCUUUGAGACCAUGGAGAACCCUAGAUGGGAGGACUACAAUCUGACGCACACAACGUCAAAUCGCUUUGGCUAUUUUGGUAACGGAUUUGCUGCCCGAGAAUUCAAUGGCGGCGACCUGAGUUGGUACCUUGGCCUGUUAGAUGGGGAGGACAGGCAGCCUGAGCUCUCAGAAGACUAUCUCCAAGAGUUCAUGGCCUAGAUGGUAACUAUUCAUUAGAUCACAUUACAUUUAUGUACACGGAUAAGAUACGAGGUGCCCAACAUGCAUCAUGAGUUCUUCUGAUCAUAUUUGGCGAUUGUGCCAGUGAAUAUGUUCUCGCUUACAGUAGAUAGAGCUAUAGACUAGCCCUACAGAUUUGGCGACCAUUUAGCUAUCAUAAUCUUGAC